GAACGAGAAAGCGAAACUACUUCUUUAAACCACCGACGAUGUCUAUGACUGGAUUCUGUAGCUUGACCAGGCAUUGAAGUUGAACGGCUCCUCUCUCUCUCUCUCUUCAAUCAUGGUCGCCAUGCCCGCUCGAUCGCCAGAAAAUCAAGAUGAGCGAAAUAAAGAUGAGAAGAGUUCGUAUUUCAAUUUACCAGCGUUGGACAUUUCCCUUGCUUUUCCACAGGCAACUCCGGCUUCAGUUUUUCCUCCCUGCACUUCAGACUAUUAUGAAUUUGAUGACCUAUUGACUCCUGAGGAGCAGACCAUCAGGAUGAAGGUGAGAGAGUUUAUGGAAAAAGAAAUAGCUCCAAUAAUGGCAAAGUACUGGGAGAGGGCAGAAUUUCCAUUUCAUGUUGUUCCAAAGCUUGGUGCCCUAGGUAUUGCUGGUGGCACAAUUAAGGGGUACGGAUGUCCAGGUCUGUCCAUCAGUGCAAGUGCCAUCACAGCGGCAGAAGUUGCAAGAGUUGAUGCUAGCUGCUCUACCUUUAUUUUGGUGCAUUCUUCUCUAGCAAUGCUCACUAUUUCAAUAGGUGGCUCUGAAUUGCAAAAAAAUAAGUACUUGCCUUCAUUGGCACAAUUAAAUACCAUAGGUUGUUGGGGUUUGACUGAACCCAACUAUGGAAGUGAUGCAAGUGCUUUGCAGACAACAGCAACAAAGGUUGCAGGAGGUUGGAUCCUUGAAGGUCAAAAGCGCUGGAUAGGAAACAGCACUUUUGCUGAUGUACUGGUUAUUUUUGCUAGGAACACAUCCACAAAUCAGCUAAACGCUUUUAUAGUAAAGAAGGAUGCUCCUGGUCUACAAGCUACUAAAAUAGAAAAUAAGAUUGGCCUGCGGAUUGUGCAAAAUGGAGAUAUUCUAUUGAAGAAAGUUUUUGUUCCUGAUGAGGACAAACUGCUUGGUAUCACUUCUUUUUGGGACAUAAACAAGGUCCUUGCUGCUUCACGUCUCAUUGUUGCUUGGCAACCUAUUGGCAUUUCCAUGGGUGUAUAUGAUAUGUGUCACAGGUAUUUGAAAGAGAGGAGACAGUUUGGAGCACCGUUGGCUGCUUUCCAGAUUCCCCAACAGAAAUUAGUUCAAAUGUUGGGCAAUAUUCAGGCAAUGAUCCUUGUUGGUUGGCGUCUUUGUAAGUUGUAUGAAAAGGAGAAAAUGACUCUAGGUCAUGUUAGCUUAGGAAAGGCAUGGAUCACUUUGAAAGCAAGGGAGACUGUAUCUCUUGGGAGGGAGUUGCUUGGUGGAAAUGGAAUCUUAACGGACUUUUUAGUUGCAAAGGCUUUCUGUGACUUGGAGCCCAUACAUACAUAUGAAGGCACUUACGAUAUCAACACCUUGGUCACAGGCAGGGAAGUCACUGGAAUUGGCAGUUUCAAACCAGCUGCAUUGAACCAGCGCAGCCGCCUGUAAUGUUGCAUACUUUCCCUCUUUUCGCUGGUAUGUUACUGCAAAAGAAAUAAUGGCAACAAAUCAAAAGCUUCUAUGGAUUGUCUUUUGUGAAAUAUAAGGGUGAACUAAAAUUGUAAAUAGAUGUAAUUUCAUUUUGCUCAGGUAACUGUUGGAGAAACUCUAGUUGAAGUUGUUACAAGUACUAAAACCUCUUGCUUUCGAGAACA